AUGCUAAACUGUUUUAUGAAUUACCUUUCUAUUUCAAAGAACAAAUUUAAGAAGACCUUCCACAUUUCGUCCAAUCACAAAAAGCAAAUUUCCAGCCAAGAGCCUGCUUCCGAUCCAUGCACGCCGUCAGUGACCGACGACUCCGAGGGUUGGGUUUUUACUGUGACUGACAGCUGCUCAGUUUACGGCAACAAUGAUUUCAAGAAGGGUGACAUCCUUCAUCUAGAGAACACAUACUACGAGCGUUGGUGGAUAGCCAAAAAUUCAAGAACCGGCCAAACCUUUCAAGUCUUUGACGACUGGAUCACUGAUAGGCCGGGCGAGUCCGUGGCAUUUGAUGCAUGGCAGAAUAUUGGUCGGGAAGAGGCAUUGAAGCAGCUUCUCGUACCAAAUCUCAACCUUGGAACCUAUAUCCUGCGACCCGGCAGCGAUGCCAAAUGCUAUGUCCUUUGCGUUCUCUAUGAGGUUUCGGGGGAGCGUGAUGUGAAGUUCUAUCAGAUCCACACCACUGAUGAUCAAACGCAAUAUUACAUGCAGCCCGAACACACCUUCCCCUCUCUUGACGAAUUGCUAGAAUUCUAUUCCGGUAUGUUUUUUUUGUUUUAA